AUGAUUCCGCGACCCAGCAGUCACAAGCGCUCCCUCUCGUCCGAAAAUCGAUCUCUCUCCCCCGAUCGAACUCUCACCAAGGCUCGGUCCGCAAAUGAUCUCGCUAUCGUCGGGACCGAUAAACCCCCGGCCACCCGCUCGACCAGCGUCGGGAAUCUCCCCGAGAGUGGCUUCAGCACCUUGAAGGACCCCCGUCUCGGAGGCACACCAGAGGUCUCGGAAGAGUCACCGUCACCGUCGCAUCAUCCGGACCUCAGUAAUGAGGUCGCUGCUUUGAGUGUCAAACUGGUUCAAGCCAUCAACAACCAAACCACCCUCGACGAUAAUUUAGUCGCCACCCGCCAAGAAUUAGAACAGGCCCAAACUCGGGUCCGUACCCUCGAGUCCGAAAAUGAAAAAUAUAAACGAGAUAUCGACCAGGAGGUCGUCAUCAAGAAAUCCGAUGUGGAUUACGAGAUUUUACGUCUCAAGGCCGCCUUGGCCGACGAAAAGGCGCAGCGUGCGCUAGUUGAGAAAGAAAAGAAGGGCAUUGAACAAGAGCUCGAGACUCUGACGGCGGCCCUUUUCGAAGAAGCGAACAAGAUGGUGGCUGCGGCUAAACUCGAGCGCGAGGCGGUGGAGAAAAAAAACGAACAACUUCGCUCCCAAGUGAAGGAUACCGAAUCACUCCUUGCCUCGCAUCAAGAACAAUUGGCCGAGCUCAAGUCUGUUCUGCAGGGGAUGAAUAUCACCAAGGACGAUAUUGAUGCUCGCACAAUCAUGUCAACGGCUCCGUCUUCUCCCACUGGCCCCCAGCAGCCGCUGGAGAUUACCAAAAACCACGCGGAAGCGUCCGCCCUCCCGGAACUGACUUGCCACGAGGAAUUACUUCCUGGGCCUUCUACUAGUUUCCCGCAGUUUAUCAAAUCUGUAUGCCGGACUGAUGUACCGGCGUUCGAAGACUUUCGGGAUCUGUUCCAAUUAUCCACAGCUGCUUCCAAACCGCCGAGUCGGGCAACUAGUGGGUCUUACACUGGCUUAAAUGUCAUGAGCUUGGCCAGUUUUGGUGGUGGAGCAUUUGGAUCGUCGGUCUCUUCGCCUGCCAAAUCGCAAACCCACUCCCCAAACGGAAGUCUAUCCUCGCCGCAGCCUUCCGUUUCUCACAUUCCUCUCAAGGAGACCCGAUUUUACAAGCGCGUUCUCAACGAAGAUAUCGAACCGACGUUAAGGCUUGAUGCAGCCCCCGGGAUUUCUUGGUUGACGCGACGCUCGGUCUUGAGUGGCAUCUGUGAAGGAAGCCUCCUGGUGGAACCAAUGCCGCCAGCGACGAGGAAGUACGAGUUUCCCUGUUCACUUUGUGGCGAGCGCCGUCCUGGGGAUGUCAAUGAGCGAACCCAUCGUUUCCGAACGUCGGAUAGUGAGACUGCGCAGCGGUAUCCCCUGUGCGCUCUCUGUCUGGAGAAAGUACGCUCUGCCUGCGAAAUUACCGGAUAUCUUCGCCUCAUUCUGGACGGACAUAUUCGUGCCGGUGAUGCCGAAGAGGAGAAGGAGUUCUGGGAAGAAACCAUCCGUCUGAGGGAAAGAAUGUUCUGGUCCCGAGUGGGUGCCGGAAUUCUCCCGAUAUUCACCCAGACCACCGCCGGUGCGCAGGAUUUCAGCCCGGAGGCACAGGAGGCUAUCGCAGAUGCCACCAUUAUCGAAACCAUCGAGAACCACCCAGGGCUGGAAUAUCAGCCAUCCGAGAGCACCGAUGCGCAAAGCCAGUAUUCGGUUGACGAUCACCAGCAGGACAACGAUGGCGAGCGCCAUAGAUUGUCUCUGAGCGAAGAUCCAUUUGUCUCCGCUCCUUCGGAAUCGCCUGUCAGCAGUACAGCUGUUUCCCCGUUAGAUGUCAACAAUUCUAAGGUGGACAUCAGCGAGCACGAUGAGACCUCCGAGAAGACUGUCGGUGGUGUGAGCAUUACUCUGGAGCCUCCUGUCGAUAAGCCUACUACCGUGGACGAGAGAGAUGCAUCGAAAACUCCAGUGCACAUUGAGGAUUCCACCGCUGAGACUACGGUCAAAAGCGGCGACAAGGAGUUUGAACGAAACUAA